GGUGACAUGUGCACGCAGCAGGCUUUCCAGGCGCAGAGGGGCCAGCUGGUGGGGCAGCUGAUCUCGGGCUCCUUGGAGGGCUUCGAGAGCGUCCUGGACUGGCUGCUGGCGUGGGACGUCCUCUCUUGGGAGGACUACGAGGGCCUGAGCCUCCUGGGCCAGCCCCUCUCCCACUUGGCCAGGCGCCUCCUGGACACAGUCGGGAAGAAAGGGGCGUGGGGCUGUGAGCGACUCAUCGAGGCACUGCGCGAGGCCCAGGCCCAGGACCAGGCCCCCGAGCUACCGGCCGGCUGGAACCCCCACACGCCCCAUGACCUGCAGAGCCACCGGCCCGCGGUCAUCAGGAGACUCUACAGCCACGUGGAGGGCGUGCUGACCCAGGCGCAGGAGCGAGGCUUUGUCAGCCAGUAUGAGUGUGACGGGAUCAGGCUGCCCAUCUUCACCUCGGCCCAGCGGGCAAGAAGGCUCCUUGACCUCGCCACAGUAAAGUCGAAUGGACUGGCCACCUUUCUUUUACACCGUAUUCAGGAGUUGCCAGUUCUGUCCUCUCUGUCUUUUGAAGACGCUGCGUGUAAGAAGUACAUGUCCAAACUCAGGACCACCAUCUCCGCCCAGUCCCGCUUCCUGAGCACCUACGACGGGACAGAGAACCUCUGCCUGGAGGAAGUGUACACAGAGAACGCUCUGGAGAUCCGCACGGAGCCAGGCCAGGCUGGACCCCGGCAGGGCAGUCCGUCCCUCCUGGGCCUGGAGGACCUGUUCAGUGCCCGUGGCCACCUCAACCCGGACGCGGACACCGUGCUGGUGGUGGGCGAGGCGGGCAGCGGCAAGAGCACGCUCCUGCAGCAGCUGCUCCUGCUGUGGGCCGCGGGCCGCGAUUUCCAGGAGUUCCUCUUCGUCUUCCCGUUCAGCUGCCGGCAGCUGCAGCGCGUGGCCAAGCCGCUGUCCGUGCAGACGCUGCUCUUCGAGCACUGUUGCUGGCCCGACGUGGGCCGGCCGGACGUCUUCCAGUUUCUCCUGGACCAUCCCGACCGCCUCCUCCUCACCUUCGACGGCUUUGAUGAGUUCCGAUUCCGGUUCUCGGACUGCGAGCGACACUGCUCUCCAACCGACCCCACGUCUGUCCAGAACCUGCUCUUCAACCUCCUGCAGGGCAACCUCCUGAAGAACGCCCGCAAGGUGCUGACCAGCCGCCCAGACGCAGUGUCGGCCUUGCUCCGGAAGUACGUGCGGGCGGAGCUCAACCUGAAGGGCUUCUCGGAGGAGGCCAUCGCCCUGUAUCUGAGGAAGCGUCACCACGAGCCCGGCGUGGCCGACCGCCUCAUCGGCCUUCUCCAAGCCACCCCGACCCUUCACGGCUUGUGCCACCUCCCCGUCUUCUCGUGGAUGGUGUCCAAAUGCCACCAGGAGCUGUUGCUACAAGGCGGGGGCGCCCUGAAGACCACCACGGAUAUGUACCUGCUGAUCUUGCAGCAUUUCCUGCUCCACGCCUCCCCCGUGGCCACAGCCGCCCCCCGCCCGGCACCCUGCCCGCUGCGAGACUGGCUCCCCACCCUCCUGCACCUUGGCCGCCUGGCCCUCUGGGGCCUGGGCACCUGCUGCUACGUGUUCACCGACAAGCAGCUUCGGGAGGCCAGCGUGGAGGCGGCGGACAUGACUCUGGGCUUCCUGGUGCAUGCCCAAAGGGCGGGGCCCAGCGGCGGGGCGUCCCUGGAAUUUCUGCACAUCACCUUCCAGUGCUUUUUUGCCGCCUUCUACCUCGUGCUCGGCGCGGACGUGCCACCGUCUUCGCUCAGGCACCUCUUCAGAUGUGGCAGGCCCGGGGGCUGGCUCCGGGGCCGGCUGCUGCCCGCGCUGUGCGUGCCGGGCUCGGGGACCAGAGAGGGCAGCGUGGCAGCUCUGUUGCAGGAGGCGGAGACUCACAACCUGCAGAUGACGGCCGCCUUCCUGGCCGGGCUGCUGUCUCGGGAGCACCGGGACCUGCUGGCCGCCGCCGAGGGCCGGGUCUCGGGGAAGGCGCUGCUGCAGCGCCAGGCCUGCGCCCGCCGCUGUCUGGCCCGCAGCCUCCACCGGCACUUCCGCGGCAUCCCCGCGGCGGUGCCCGGGGAGGCCAAGAGCAUGCACGCCAUGCCCAACUUCGUCUGGCUCAUCCGGAGCCUGCAUGAGAUGCAGGAGGAGCGGCUGGCGCGGGAGGCCGUGCGGGGGCUGGACGUCGGGCACCUCAAGCUGACCUUCUGCGGCAUGGGCCCCGCCGAGUGCGCGGCCCUGGCCUUCGUGCUGCGGCACCUCCGGCAGCCCGUGGCCUUGCAGCUGGACCACAACUCGGUGGGCGACAUCGGCGUGGAGCAGCUGCUGCCUUGUCUCGGAGUCUGCAAGGCGCUUUACCUGCGAAACAACAACAUCUCAGACCGAGGCAUCUGCCUGCUGGUGGAGCAUGCCCUUCGCUGCGAGCCUCUGCAGAAGUUAGCUCUUUUCAACAACAGGCUGACGGACGGCUCUGCCCGCGCGCUGGCACGGCUCCUUGCUUGCAAGCGGAACUUUCUGUCCUUAAGGCUGGGCAAUAACCACUUCACUGCCGCGGGCGCCCAGGUGCUGGCCGAGGGCCUCCGAGGCAACACCUCCCUGCAGUUCCUGGGGUUCUGGGGGAACAAGGUGGGCGACCACGGGGCGCAGGCCUUGGCUGAAGCCUUAGGUAAACACGAGAACCUGAAGUGGCUCAGCCUGGUGGGGAACAACAUUGGCCGUGUGGGCGCGCGGGCCUUAGCACUGAUGUUGGAGCAGACCAUGUCCCUGGAAGAACUCUGCCUGGAGGAGAACCAGCUCGAGGACGAAGGCGUAUGUUCUCUCGCUGAAGGGAUGAAGAGAAACUCCAGUCUGAAAAUCCUGAAGCUGUCCAACAACGGAGUCACCCACCUUGGGGCCACAGCCCUCCUGCAGGCGCUUGAAGAGAACGCCACCCUCCAGGAAGUCUGGCUCCGAGGCAACGCUUUCUCCCCGGAGGAGCUGGAGAGGCUCAGCCGCCAGGACACCAGGCUCUUGCUUUGACCACUCCGGACCGGCCGCUCACGAGAGCCGUGAAGCAAGCAGGAGCCCAGAGGCUGGACUGCCCGUGGCAGAGCGGAGUGGCAGCAUGGGCAGGGCCUCCGCGCUGACCAGGGGGCACCCUCAAUCCAGCUUGCCCCUGGCAGCAUAAGGGGCACUAGUCCCCCUCAUGGCCCACGCCCGGUCCUGCCGUCCAGUGUGCUCCGAGGCUCAUCCAGAGAGAGGCCGCCAGCGGAUGGGACAGGGCGGGCGGCCGGCCGGCCGGGGCUGGUGCUGCAGAGACCACGCGUGCUCCCCCAGCUCCUCGCACGCACGGAGAGCUGCCUGCAGCCACGCCUCAGCCCACGGCCCCCAGCCAUGCUGUUCCUCCAUCUGCUUCCCCUGCAGCCCGGGCAACCGCGCUGGCCCUGCCUCCGUGGAGGCUGAGGAUUGAGAAGGCUGCUCCCUUCUCAGCGCUGAAGCCUCCUUUCUGGCCUCCCACCCCAGGAGGUGGGGGGGAGGCACCCCACCUGUUCUUCUUUCUGGUACUAAAGACAGUGGGGGAUCACGGACAUGGUUCCCGAACCCAUCCCUCAUUUGCAAGCAAAACCAGGACCACACUACAGCAGAUAUUCUCUCAGGAGGUCCCUUUGCAGUGAAGUCAAAUCUGCUCCAGUUAACCCUUCGGGAACUACUGACCAUCCAAAUGCAGCUUUAAAAAAAAAAAACAAAAAAACCUGCAGCUGGGUUGGGAUAUUAUUUAUUUUUUUAAAGUUUUAAUUAUUAUUAUUUAAAAAAUUUUGUUGACCUGGAAUUUUGGAUGGACUCCAUGAGGUCAGGGUCUUCCCAAACGUGUUCCUCAGACACAUUGCACAGUCCAGAAGGCGAUAGGUUGUAAAGUUAUGGACCCGAGAGGUUUGCAGGGACAGCAUCAAAUGCCUUUCCCUGCGAAGCCCAUAUUUUUCCUCCAUUUUUCUAAAUGAUGCUGGUUGUAGCUUGUGCAAGCUGUCAGAUGCCGCACACAUGUACUUGGAAUAUUGUUUGUGAAAAUUGGUAAAUAUUUUUGUAAGCCA